AUGGAUACCUUCUAGCGAGUCCUGCAGCGAGUCUAGCGAGUCCUGCAGCGAACCAGUGAGUCCUGCUGCUGCUGCGUGCCCGGCAGCAGCCCUACAUGAGCCCAUGACUCUUGAUAUGGAUGCAGUCCUGUCAGACUUUGUUCGGUCCACAGGGGCAGAACCAGGUCUGGCAAGGGACUUACUGGAAGGCAAAAACUGGGACUUGUCRGCAGCGCUGAGCGACUAUGAGCAGCUGCGGCAGGUGCAGCCGGGCGGGCUCCCGCGCGUGCUCGCCGAGGGCCCGCGCUGCCCGCAGCACGAGGCCCCGCAGCCGCCGCAGGUGACGAAGGCCGAGCGACCCUGCCUGCAGCGGCAGGACGACGUUGCUCAAGAAAAGCGACUUUCUAGAGGUAUCUCUCAUGCCAGCUCAGCCAUAGUCUCUCUUGCUCGAUCACAUGUAGCAAAUGAAUGCAACAAUGAGCAGUUUCCUUUGGAGAUGCCCGUCUACACAUUCCAACUACCUGAUCUUAGUGUGUACAGUGAAGAUUUCAGAAGCUUCAUUGAACGUGACUUAAUUGAGCAGGCAACAAUGGUGGCUUUGGAGCAAGCAGGACGACUGAAUUGGUGGUCCACGGUGUGCACAAGUUGCAAACGUCUUCUUCCCUUGGCUACAACAGGUGAUGGAAACUGCCUCUUGCAUGCUGCCUCUUUAGGGAUGUGGGGAUUUCACGAUCGGGACCUUGUCUUGCGUAAAGCGCUCUACACUAUGAUGAGAACUGGAGCUGAAAGGGAAGCCCUGAAAAGAAGAUGGAGGUGGCAACAGACUCAACAGAAUAAGGAGUCGGGCUUAGUAUAUACAGAGGAAGAAUGGGAACGGGAAUGGAAUGAACUGCUCAAGCUGGCAUCAAGCGAACCUCGCACACACUUCAGCAAAAACGGAGGCACUGGUGGCGGGGUCGAUAAUGCUGAAGAUCCAGUGUACGAGAGCUUGGAAGAGUUCCACGUUUUUGUCUUAGCCCAUAUUUUGAGAAGACCCAUUGUUGUAGUAGCAGAUACGAUGUUAAGGGACUCAGGGGGAGAAGCRUUUGCACCUAUACCUUUUGGAGGAAUUUAUUUGCCUCUCGAAGUUCUACCGAACAGAUGUCAUUGCUCACCUCUUGUCCUUGCCUACGAUCAGGCCCAUUUCUCUGCUCUUGUUUCCAUGGAACAGAAAGAUCAACAGAGAGAACAAGCGGUGAUCCCCUUGACUGACUCUGAACACAAGCUGCUGCCUUUGCACUUUGCGGUGGAUCCCGGGAAGGACUGGGAAUGGGGGAAGGACGACAAUGACAACACCAGGCUGGCCAAUUUGAUUCUGUCUCUUGAGGCAAAGCUUAACCUCCUGCACAGCUAUAUGAAUGUAACGUGGAUACGCAUACCGUCUGAAACACGGGCCCCUUUGGCUCAACCAGAAUCCCCUACAGCUUCUACAGGGGAAGAUGUUCAGUCUCUGGCUGACUCAAUGGACUCAGACCGAGAAUCUAUCUGUAGUAAUUCCAAUGGCAAUAAUGGCAAAAACAGUAAAGAAAAAGAAAAGGACAAACAGAGGAAAGAUAAAGACAAAAACAGGACGGAUUCAGUUGCCAAUAAGAUUGGAAGCCUCAGUAAAACGCUGGGAAUUAAGUUGAAAAAGAAUAUGGGUGGUCUUGGAGGCCUGGUGCACGGCAAAAUGAACAGAGCCAAUUCAGGGAAUGGGAAAAAUGGGGAUGCUGCAGAGAAGGUCAAAGAGAAGAAGUCUAAGUCUCGAAAAGGGAGCAAAGAGGAGACAGGACAGUCAGCGAGCAGCCCUCCCUCUGAAAAGACCACCCCGUCUCCUACUGACAAGGCUGGCAACUCGCCCAUUGACAAGAUGAACGCUAAARGCUUCUCUGAUAAGCAGCCUGACCCGUGGAAAUACAGCACUGAUGUGAAACUCAGCCUCAAUAUUCUGAGAGCUGCCAUGCAAGGGGAACGCAAGUUUAUUUUUGCUGGCCUCCUUUUGACCAGCCACAGGCAUCAGUUCCACGAGGAGAUGAUUGGCUACUACCUGACCAGCGCACAGGAGCGGUUCAACGCGGAGCAGGAGCAGAAGAGAAAGGACGCUGAGAAAAAGGCUGCACUGAAUGGGUCAUCCGGCAGGAAAACGGAGCCAGAAACAUAUUCAAAGGAAAAGCUAGAAACAUCUCCUCAGGAUAGGGCAUCACCCGUCUUGCCUCAAAGCCAUACAACUCAACUGGUUUUAAAAUUUAAAGAUCGCACUAGUCCCAUUCCGGGGUCAUUUUCUUCACCUAGUAACGGUGCUAAGAAAAGCGGACCCAUUCCGGUUUCUGCCCACUAUAGCCAUACACCACCCAUCCAACGACAAAGCGUCAUCCACUUGCAUGAUGUCAACUCCAAGCCAUCGAGCUUCCAAGAUGAUACCUAUAAGCCAGUGGUUGGCACGUUAAAAACCUGUGCCACCUACCCCCAACAAAACAGAUCGCUGUCUUCACAGAGCUAUAGCCCGGCCCGGAUAUCUGGUAUCCGCACAGUGAACACGGUGGAAUCGCUGAGCUAUGCCAUGCCCACGGAACACAAGUCUCAGACAUACACAAAUGGGUUCAAUACUGGUGAUAUCAGAGACAACUUAGAAUACGUUGAUGAGGAUGCUCCUCAAACCUGGUUGAACAAUGAUAAAAAUCAAGGCAGAAGCACAGUUUGCCCAAUAUAUUCCAUCCAGCAGAACCGCUGUAAGAAGGAGAACUGUUCCUUUUAUGGUCGUCCGGAGACUGAAAAUUACUGUUCAUAUUGCUACAAAGAGGAGUUAAAGCGGCGGGAGAGAGACAGCAAGGGACACAGGCAUUGAGGAUUCUUCUGUGACUACUUAGUUCCAUCGUUUUCUUACUUGCAAAGUAAACAGUGUUGAAUUGCGGUCGAAGGAAUUCUUAAAGAGAAGAAAAAAGCAUUGACAAGUGAAGAGUGUUCAGCUUUUCACUUUUCUGGGGUGAUGAUAGGAUUAAUUUAUCAUAAAGAUUUGUUGUUUUCCAUUUUGUCAGUGUCUUUUUUACAUAUACUGGUAAGCUGAAGGGUUAUUUACUCCUUUGUCAGUGCUGUGUAUAUGUUUGGUCAAAAAUUUACUAAUGGUGCCUGAAUUUACACUGACAUCACUCAGGUAGUCGAAUGACAGGAGAAGGUAAAUGCUAGAGCUGUGGCGUUGCCGUGGGGUAGUGUCUGCCUUGUAGAUGUUUGAAAUUCUAUAGCUAUUACGAGAGUAUUUUUUCUCAGUAAAAGAUAUUUUUUUCAUAGCCCCCUCCCUUUUUUUGAAGGGUAGCGAUUUUGCAUACAGCACAUUCUUAACAUAGCAGCAUACUGCAUUAUUAUUAAUGUUUGUACUCACUUUUGUCUGAAAUGCAAUGACUUCAGGAAAAUGGGAGUGAAGGUCUGAAUUCAUGAGGUCUGUAGCUCUUCCUAAUUGUGAGCUCCUACCACUUAUUUCUAAGUUUCAAUAAAAAGGUAGGUUUGAGCCAUUCUUCUUUGUUUUGAAUUUUUAAACAGGUUCUAUGAAAAAUAUAUUACACUUCGCAAGACUUGAUG